AUGGAAGCAGCUAGUACUAUUUUGGAGCCUGCGAAGUUCAAUGUAGCAGUAUUAGAGAAGGAAGAAAAAGAAAGGGUUGAUCUUCAAACCAAAUUGGAGAUAGUUCUAAAGGCUUAUAAUGAAGCAAAGAAAGAGUUCAAGAUCAGAUGUGCAAAAAGAAUAAGUGAACAGCCUCAUAAAGAUACAAAUUCAAUAGAAGAAGAGGUCAAACAAGAAAUGAAGGCUGGAAGGGAAAUGGUUUCAAAAGCUAGUGUGCUAAUUCUCCCUGAAUGGGAUAUAGCUGAUGCAUUGGUCCUAGAAGCGUUCAUAAAGGAAUCCAAGCCAAUGAAAGGAGUGGAUGUGGAUAUUGGUGGAGAGACUGCAUCUAUAAGCAGUUCUCAUAGGAGUGAGAGCGAGGGAGAUGAGUCACAAUUAGGCUCAUUGAAAAACAAUGGGGAUGAGGGUGGGUAUGAUGGAUAUGAUAUUGACAUUCCCCAGGCUAUGGAGAUAGGAGGUGAAGAGGGAGGAGAUGAGGAGGGAUUGAGAGAUCAGGAAAACAAGAUAUUGUCUACUUCUCCAGGGAAAGGCAAGAGAAAGCUAGAGGAAGGCGGACCCAACAAGGAAGAGUUGACUGAGAAUAAAAAGAGCAAGAUUGUUACUAGCAUGAAAAUCCAAGAGAACAAGGACAUAGAGGAAACCAGAAAAGAUGGUAGUGAAAUGGAUACAGAUGAGUCUGGAGGUGAUGAAAGUUGGAAUGAUGAGGAUGUGGGAGCCGAGGGAGAUAAAAAUGAGGACGUGUCAGAUCAAGAAAGCCCAACUCACAGUGCUAGCCUUGGCAAUGUCAAUAGCUAG